AUGAUGCGCAAGAGCUCAUCGUCGUUUCAAAAGCCUCAGAGUGGAAAGCCAAAUUUCGACCCCUUUAAUGAUUCGAAUCAGCUUUUGGCCCCGGGUAGCCCAAGCAGUGGCCGCCGAGUUUCCUUUUCUAUACCCGAGGACAGCCCAUGUCAUAGUCCCAAGGGCGGCCCAUCCAUGAGCGGCAAUCCCUUCACAGAGUCCCCGACAUAUCAUUCUCCACAAAUUGCCUUGAAUCAAAUCCUGUCUGUUUCAACGACCUCUGGCACUACCCAGAGCCUCUCCCUCUGGUCUCAACUGCAAAGCCGCUUUCGUCCGUCUGAAUAUGGCACAGGGGAUAUAAAAGCUUUUCUUCCCAGGAGUGCUGUCGAUGAUCUGAUCGACAGGCACAACGUCGAAGAAUACUGGGAAGGACUCAAACAUUUACCGUCCAACAAGUCAUUAUCUAACGUGUUGGACUAUGUGUUUGGUACACGAAAUGCCCGAUCUGUCUUUGCCAUCAUCGUCUUGAUGGAAGCUAACGCGAAAAAGCCGACAACUGACAGAGAGAACACGCCCUUUGCUUUGAAGGUCCUAGAGGCUAAGGAUGAGGUCACCUUUAAGCUGGAAGUCAAAGCCCUAAUGAAGAUCAGGCCCAAUAAGCACCUAGUCACUGCAGUAACAGCUUUCAAAUACCAGGAUAAGUAUCAUCUGCUUUUCAAUUGGGCUGAAGGGGGAACAUUGUCAGACUUCUGGAAGAACGAAUCUCCAGGGCUGACACACGACUCAAUCUGCUGGCUUGCCCAACAGUGUCACGGCCUUGCGGAUGGUUUGUGUGGGAUUCACAAUGCCCAGAUAUCGGUGCAAGAACUGGUAGAUGUGGAUCCUCAGCACGAAAUGCUCCACAUAGAAGCGAAUGCAGGAUUAAACGACCACCGUGACGAUAAGAUACAUGGAAGACAUGGCGAUAUCAAGCCGGAUAAUAUCCUCUGGUUCAGUGACGAGGACAAUGAGUACGAGGGCGGUGUGCUCAAAAUUACUGAUUUUGGCGUAACCGCCUUCCACAACGCAAAGACGACAAAGCAACCGGCCAAAGCGGUACCAAGGACGAUUACAUACGCCGCACCGGAAAUUGAGGUCUCGCACGAUGAGGAUGAGCCCCUGGUGUCACGCCCAUUCGAUGUGUGGUCACUUGGAUGUGUCUAUCUGGAGUUCAUAACUUGGAUCCUGUUGGGCAGUGAAGGGGUGCUCGAGUUUGAGCAAAGCAGAAUGAAGGAGAAGGUGACCCGGAAGAGGUUCCAAGAGGAUAGCUUCUACUCCAUACACAGGAGAGGGCGCUUCAAUCCUUGGUCAAGGGAUUACGGCACCGUCAAAACGAGCGUAGUCGCUUGGACAGACACAUUGAGACAAAACCAACGUUGCACCCCCUUUCUCAAAGAAUUUCUGGAUUAUAUUCAAACGAAGAUGCUCGUUAUCAAGACGAAAAGAGAAACCAGCGCCAUUGUACGCGCACAACUACGUCGCAUGCUGGAAAACUGCCAGCAGGAUCGUCAAUACGCCGAAUCCCAGGCUUUGGUACAAACGGGAACACAGAGCAGGGAUACGGUACAUCUUACAGGGUCGAUAUGGCAAAAGGCGGUGAUAUUUCUGUGCGGCUAA